AUGCACCCGGUCUACGAGCUCAAGCACCUCGCGACGUACAACAACGUGAACCCGUCCUCCCAGACCACGAUGUACGGAGAGGUGAUCCCUGCACGGGGAGGCCGCUACCAGGAUGCGGGGAUUGGCGGAUACUUCACGCACGAUGCGGUGGUUGACUCUGCAAGGAGCAUGAGCUUCAAGAUGGGGGACCUCUACUGCGUUGCUCCGAUCAUCAGUCCUGGGUGCAAUGCGAGCUGCGGCAUGGACUUCUGGGCCGUGGGCGUGAACUGCUGCUCCGAGGCGGCCGCAGACUUCCGGUGCGGAGAGUACAACAACCCGAAGGCGAAGAGCGGCAUCAGGAUGACGUCGGCGAGCACGCGGCCGCUAUACAGGCUCGCGGUGCUCCAGGCGGUCGGAGAGCACCAGAUCGACAGCACGCAGCAUCCGAUCUUCCUCACGUGGGUGCAGGACCCCAUCGCGGUGGUGCACGGCUGGGAGCACGGCGGCUACAAGAAGUUCGUUGUCUUGAUGUUUUGUUCCUUCGGCGUGAACGCGCUCGCCCUGUACAUGUACGUUGCCCACAUAGGGCGAAGGCUGUUCGGCCUUGCGCUGCGGCUGAAGUGA